GCAGAUUUUAACAUUAAUUCCUCUUUACUUGCAGGUUAUUUUGCUUUGCAGGUAGGAAAGGCAAGAUUAAAAUACAAAGUUAUGCCUCCAGCAGUCUCUGGGUCACCAGAGUUUGAGAGAAUAUUUCGUGCACAACAAAACUGUGUGGAAUUUUACCCCGUAUUCCUGAUUACAUUGUGGAUGGCUGGUUGGUAUUUCCACCAAGUUUUUGCUACCUGUCUGGGUCUGGUGUAUAUAUAUGAACGUUACCAGUAUUUCUGGGGAUAUUCAGAAGAUGCUAACAAAAGAUUGACUGGUUUCCGGUUGAGUCUGGGGAUUUUGGCCUUGCUGGCUGUCCUAGGCUCCCUGGGGAUUGCAAACAGCUUUCUGGAUGAAUACCUGCACCUCAAUAUUGCCAAGAAGCUGAGGCACUUCUAGCUUUCCACCUCCCUUUGCUCGAAUGUUAGCAGAAGAUGUUUCAACUCCAAAGGUUAACCAUAUGGUAUCACUCGUUCAUCUGAAAAAUAAAUAAAUUAAAAGUC